AGUUCAACAUUACCAUGCUUCGAGGAUGCCACAAGUGGGAUUCAAGCAUCAGUUCCGUAUAUGGACUGCCAACAGAGGUCCUUUACUCCUUCGCUAUGGACCGUGGUGAUCAGAUGCCUUUUUAGUCUGGAUGGCGUUGCCUGCUGAGGGCAGCGCUCACGAUGAGUCAGGUGGAUGUAGUUCUGCUGCAAUUCGCCAUGGGCACCUUUGCACUGGCGAUGCGAUACUGUUCCAGGCCACUCCUGAGCUGCUGUCGGAGAUGCGGCCUUUGUUUUCAUGGUUGGUUGUGCUGCAUUUGCAACCGCGAGCCUGCUCAAUCCACAUCCACAUCAAUAGGUGAUUUCUAUUUGUGGUUCUCGACCUACGGAGCAGUCCGUUGGUACUGGUUCCACUUGGCAAUUCAGCUGGGCUUCAUCAGCCGAGAGUUCCAAGUGAUUUCGGCAGUGGGAACUUGGCCUUUCGAAGUGAAACUCUCCUUCUGUGCGAUUUGCCUCACUUACUUGGUGGUGCUGCUGGAGGUUUACAACUUCUCCUCAGUGCGGAGCAAAGAUGUUGUGACAAAGAUCACAGUGGAUGGCUUGCUUGACAUGAUACUGCUUCCAGUAAACAUCGGUUUGUUCGGACACCUUUGUGUCCGAAAGCUGAGCUUGCAGGGGCAGCAUCACUCCGUACAGGUGAUUUCCACCAUAGCCGAGAGUUCCGAAAUUUGGGAAGCCUGGGCUUUGUGGUCUGUUCUAGGCCUAUUCGUGACUGUGGUAGAUGUGGAGUCGCAAGAAGAUGCGGAGCGCAGGUCCUUUGUCAAGCCAUUCAGGAAUUUGAGCCUGCAAGGCGUCCGCACCUGGGUCUUCAUUAUCAUGGCCAUCUCUGUCACAAGGCUUGCGACGACCUUCCUGGAGCACUCUGCGCCGUCCUUGUGUUUUUGGGUGUCCAAGAGCUGCAUGAGUUGCACCAAGCUUUACGAGGAUCACAUCCAUUUGGCAGCGGCGGCAGUGAACUUCAUCCUGUGCUCAUUUGCGUUAGCUUUUGUGUUUACCUUUGAGCACACCUUUGACGAGUAUUUGCGUCGAAUUGGUCCCUUCUGGAAGUUCUGGGGCGUCAAAGGAGUGGUGUCGGUCACAUAUUUCCAAUGGCUGGUCUUGAGCUACGGGCCUUUCCACUUCGAACAGAAGCGAAUCUACCUACUACACUGCUUGCUCACCACAGUCGAGAUGCCAAUCCUGGCAGUCAUCCACUCCUGCUGUGCCUAUCCCUUCGGCAAGCCAUGGUUGGAGUAUUUGUUGAAGCUGCAACAGAAGGACAUGGAGGAGGCAGAGGCUGAGGCAUCAGAUCGCCGGAUGACCGUGUUUUGGCGGGAUCCUGAGGACACCAUUUCCAUGGGAAAGGUGGAUUCAAUGCUUUGCUGCUUUUACUUGCUCUUCUGGAUUGCAGGAUGCAUUGGAGCUCACAGCUUCGUGGUCUUUGUGCUGCCAGUGAAUGAGAUGGUGCAGCGACCACCCAUGUUCAACGUGAGCUGCACUAAGGAGGGUGACAUUUGGCAAUACGUCGAAAACAAUCACCAGUUGCACUACCGUUUGAAGGAUGACACUCUAGAGAAGCAUCGCUUGCCCAACGUUGGCGGUGCAUGGCUUCAUCUUUGUGAUCGAACGGAAUUGGACUGUGAACCUGGCUUUCAGGGUUCUCCAAUACUUCGUUGCUCACCAUCAGGCACUUAUGAUCACCGUGGAUUUUGCAGACGGACUCGCUGUGGCCAGCCGAAGGAGGAAGUUGGUCAUGCACGACUACAUUCCUCUGGUCAGACGCGAUGGACGAGUGACAUGGAGAUCACCUACGAGUGCCAACGUGGCUUUACAGGCCAAAUUCAAGGGAUUUGUGGAAAGGAUGGUGUAUGGCGCUUUGAGGGCGAAUGCAAGGAGGUGAUUUGCCCGAGCCCGCCUGUGGUCCCGAGAGCAAAGCCACUCUUGGAGCCUCACGAGCUGGAAUACCGCACCUGGCAAGCGGGCACAUCCUUGCACUACCAAUGUGAGGAGCCCUUCACAGGUUCGAUUACUGCCACAUGCGAGGACGACGGCACGUUUCUUUUGAGCGGCCGUUGCUUGCGUCAGUGCAAUGCACCUCCGAAGAUGCCCAACAGCGUGGCCAUCUACGAGAAUCAGUUGGCCAUCAAAGGCUUCUUUGAGGGCCUUCGUGUCACAUACCAAUGUAGUCCAGGCUAUGGAGGUACACUCAUUGCUACCUGUCGCGAGGAUGGGAAUUUCAGUGUGGAGGGUGGCUGUAAAUUACGAUGUGGUGGUUUGGAAUCCUUCCUGGAGAAGCAGUUUGGAGUCUUUUGGAAGGACGACCUGAGCACCAACCAGUCUGGAACGCUGGACUUCACCGGCACUGGCGAGGCAGACUUGGUCCCUUUGCGUUGCAGCAUGGGGCUCGCUGGACAGCCCUUGGCAGUGUGUCAUGAGGGCGGUUGGCGCUUACUAGGCGAUCCUUGCCAGCUGUUUCGAACAUCCAGUGGAUGCAGGUGCAAACGUCAAUGGAAGCUUUGCCAGGGGCUCUUGCAGAACAAUUGCAAGCUAUGGCAUGGUUGCCAUGACAGAGAUGGAAGCAGUUGGUGUGAGGUUGAAUCUAGUAGCUGUGGACAGACAAGCUGGGACUACUGUGUGGGCCAAAGUGCCCAAGAAGAUCCAGAGGAGCGGCAGGGAGUUGACGAUAUCCAUAAGCAGGAACGAUAAGAAUGAGUCGAGUCCUAAUAUUGAUUGAGUUCUAUAGUUGUGCAAAAAAGAUCAGAGUAUGGCAGUAUGUAUUCGCACGUAUUCCCAGCAUAAAGCUGGGUAACUGAAAAAAAGGUGUGCCAGGGACAUCUAUUCAGGAUGCUUUGUCAGCUUCCAUUUGACUGGAAUGGCAUGCUGGGAAUGGUUUUGCUUCCCCUAGGAGUGGUUGUGGAGACUGUGAUUUAGAUUUGACAUGAAAGAGAUUACUGUACCAACUUUGGAGGCCAUCGCUAUUAGGGGGAGGCCAUGGCUAUUAGGUCGGAGGCCAUUGCUUCAAGGUUGGAGACAUGAAAGAAAUAACUAACUUUGCUCUUAUAGAAACUGUCCGUGAAACUGGUGAAUCUGACAGCUCAGCCAAGCCGAGAAAGGAUUUUAGCUGCACAAAAGCCAGAGACGGCAAGUUUAUGUUUUACUAGUGCAGUAAAUAUUGAAAGGUCUUAAUAGAAAUUGCACUUGGAAAAGUGCAGGCACCAAAUGCGAUGAUAAAAGGACGCAGACAGAAGCAUUCAAAGAUGCAAACAAUAGGCUAAGCAACUGAAUAGUUAUCACUCAAAACCGGCUCCAUCCAGCUGACACGCUGGAGGAUUUGAGCCCAAGACGCCUUGAAGAAGACAGCGUUACGGUUAAGAAAACUGACUGCUUAGCGCGCACAAGACCUGCGUUAAUCGUCAUUUGUAGGGAUACAUCUUGCAAGAACCCCCAACACCCGAACUGUUAUUCUUGUUCAGCCGCAAAUGUUGGUGAUAUGAUCAGUGAUAGGCGUACUUAGUUUACUUCAACCAAAAUCAUGCACCUGUGAUUAAUCCCUCAUGUUUCCGUAUCAGGCACCUACGUGCUGCACGAGCGCUGCAUUUUCCUGGCAAUAUCUAGGAAAUCUGAAGCUGUCGAGUCUAAGCUUUUUGAAUGUGUUUGCACAUGGCUUGCUUUUGCCUGCGUUGGCUUGCUGGUCGGCGUUUGCUACCACACCUCAAAUGUUUUGGAAUGGCUGGAUUUGCAUGAUAUGAAGUACAAUAAAAUGGCUGUGGCCAAACCCACGUCAAACGGGCCGUUCUUGCUGUGGGCCGUGGAUCCAUUCAGCCGUUGAAGAUCCCACAGAGUGGUAACAAGAGAAGCCGGAAUGCACUUUCACUUUGUUUGUUUCAAUUGACAUGGCAGUUGCUCAUGGUUUGGGUUUCACAGGUUGACAACAUGUAAACAACCAUUGCGCCCCGGUAAACUAGCACUAUUCUGGAAAGCCUCCACUUGGAUCGAAGCUGCGGUUGAGCAAGCUGUGCUUAACCUGCCAUUACUUAGAACUGACGACUGUGUAUUUAGACAUUUCUUUGGCUUCUGUAUUCUUCUGUGGUGUUCUUCUAAUUUGGUGAAUGUUUUCUCGAGGAUCAAUUCGCCAUGCACAGGUCCACUUGCCUUCAGAGACCAAAACAGUGGCUCUCCGCAUUGGUCUCCUUGUUACGGCUGGUUUGCUUGGACUUGGUGUCCUGCUGUGGAUGGCCAAGAUCAAGAAAGGCGCGUGGUUUUGGCAAGAAAAUCAAUCGACCACAGUCAUGAGUCAUGUUCGUACUUGCAUUUCUGGAAGUGUUCACGUAAACUUGACAGGCAAUGUCAAGGUUUUAGUCAGGUUCUAGUCUUGACACCGGCCUGAAGGAAACUAUACUGCAAAAGUGUCCUUUUGCUUUUAACCAAGCUCAAGAGUGCACCUCAUGCUAAGGCUGUCAACAACAUCGCACUCAACAUACUAGAGGCUCAGAACCUCCAGGCCCAUUGGAGGCUGUGGAAUUGCAACAGACGUGAUCGAUUAUUUCAAAAA